AUGGCGUCCGUUGGAGCGCUUGGAAUCGGGCUUAGCAUUGUCUUUGGCGUCUUUCUUGUGCUGCUACUGGCGGAGCUCUACUAUCUCCUCUUCUGGAAGCGCAGAUCUCUCAUUGCGAGCUCGCGCGUCACGAGCGCCAGCGUCGCGCCGAAUGAUCCUUCUCGACCAGAGGUGGUUAUGGGGGAAGGAGGAGGAGGAGGAGGAUCGACCGAGACGGCGUUCGUGGCCAAGAUGUUCGAGAGCCGCGGGCUUGGAUCGCAGAUUGGGAUGAUGCUGGAUGGGGGCGAGUGUGUUCUUGCGCCGCCCAGGCUGCUCUUCACGAUCAAGGAGGAGGCGCGGGAGGAUCUCGUGGACUCCGCCGAGGACGCGCUCAAAUCCUCGUCCAUCCGGCUCAAGCGCGGCUGUGCCGGGCACGUCGUGGUGGAGGUGAUCCAGCCCGACGUUCCGGAUGUCCGCGAGCGCGAGAGAGGGCUUCUCCACGUUUGCUCCUCGUCGUCGUGCGAGGAAUCUGGGAGCUCCUCCUCGUCUGGGGCAUCGGAAGAUCAGGACUUGGGCGAUCAUCGCCCAGCAGCGGCGGUGACAGAGAUUUCUCUCGCGGUGGAUCGUCCCCCACUCCCGGCAGCCGCGGUGGUGGAUGUGAUCGAGGAAGAGGAAGAGAUGUCCUCCGCGACGCCAUUCGUGACGCCGCCAUCGUCUCCAGCAUUCUCCACGCCGCCCUCGUCGCCCGAUCGCCCCCAGAUAUGGGCGAGGCCACCGCCACCACCGCGGCCGCCGCGAUUGUCGUACGAAUCGCCGCCAUCGCCACCGCUGCUGCCAAUGCCGGUGCCUGUGUCGAGCGACGCUCCUCCCGCGGCAAUGACGCCAUUGUCAGUGUCCUCUUCCUCGCCGGGCAGGAGGAGCAGCAGCAGAGCCACCGCCAGCGCUUGCAGCAGGGAUUCCUUCUCGUCCGCCGCGGCGAUGCGAUCGUCCCGGCAAUCCCCAUGA